AUGUCCCUCACUUUGAAACUCUCCUCCCUUGUCAUCCGGACGCUCUCCAAGCCGAUCGCCAAUCAAAUCAAAGCACAGGCCCGCGAACAUGAGCGUUUCCGGCGAAUCUGCAUCUCCAUGGCCCAAGCCCUCCACCGACUCGACAUGCGGCUCCGACUCGGUACCAUUCGCGACAAUGCCACAGCUCAACGGCGCGCCGCUGCAGAGGCAGAACUCAAGAAACACAAACCAACGUCGCCUACGGUAAAAACACAUGCAGACACCCGAGCUGAGGAGGAAGCAAUUGCCAAAGCGAAAGAAGCCGAGAAGCCGGCUCCGAAGCCCCAUAUUCGACCGCUGUCCGAGUCGAAAGCCAUCGAAUCCGGUGCGACAUUCAUCAGCGAAAGUUUUCUCUUCAUCGUGGCCGGAAGUCUGAUACUCUUCGAGUCGUGGCGAUCCAGGAGGAAAGAGACAACGCGGAGGGACGACGUUGAGGCUCGGCUCAAGGAGCUCGAAGAUGCGCAAAAAGUUGAUAGGCAGGCGUUCCUGGCCCUGGAGAAGGAGCUCAUAGCUCUCGAAAAGGAGCUUCUGAGAAAAAAGCUCAAGAACGGAGAGGUGCCCAAAUCAACCCGCAGAAUCCUUCCACGGGAGAUAUGGGACGUCGAGCUUGAGCCAGAAGUUGAGCCAGAGGAGCCGGGUUGGUUCUCUAGUCUCACAUCAUAUUUCCGUUUUGGUCAAACUCCAGAGCAGCAAAUAGAGAAGGUGGCGAAGAUGGAACCCCCCAAGGCCACUACAGAGCCUACAUCGUCGACGUCGGCAGUCAUUCCAUCAAAACCCGAGGCUGACAAGGAAAACAAAAAGGCUUAA